AUGCUCCUCCUCGCAGCCGACUUCUACUACCUCAAGAACAUUGCUGGUCGCCGUCUGGUUGGUCUACGGUGGUGGAAUGAAGUACAUCCUGAGACAGGCGAUUCGCACUGGGUGUUCGAAUCUUCAGAUCCCUCUACGAAAGUUAUAAGUGCGACUGACAGACGAUUCUUUUGGCUGGCGUUGUAUUCGCAGCCAUUACUCUGGGUUGGAUUGGCCUUGGUUGCGAUUAUCAGGUUUGAAUUUAUAUGGUUGACGCUUGUCGGUGAGUUGCCCAAUAUGCAGCUUUGGGAGCCGAAUAUUAAUGCGCAAAUAGUAAUCGCUUUGAGUUUGACCAUCACCAACACGCUUGCCUUCUCCAGAUGUGAUAAGUUCGGCCAAGCUUCGAAUUUGGCAGGGAGUGCUCUGCUAUCAGGUGGCAUGGCUAGGAGCGUCACGAGUGGAUUGUUGGGCAGAUUCUUCCGGUGA